AUGGCAGCUUUCAAGUCCGCUCUCUCGUUGAGUUCAAUUAACGGCGGCCAUGGUAAGGGCGGAGAAGUACAUGUCAUCAUUGGCCCCAUGUUUGCUGGCAAAACCACCGAUCUACUCCGUCGUAUCAAAUCUGAAGGCAGCAGUGGCAGAAACGUGGCAAUGAUAAAAUCAAGCAAGGAUACAAGAUAUGCAAAAGAUUCGGUGGUGACACAUGAUGGCUUGAGAUUUCCUUGCUGGGCUUUGCCAGAUCUCACAUCCUUCCAACACAAGCUUGGAAACGAUGAAUAUCAAAAGCUUGAUGUAAUUGGCAUAGAUGAGGCUCAAUUUUUUGAAGACCUUUAUGACUUUUGUUGUAAGGCUGCUGAUCAUGAUGGGAAAACUAUAAUUUUAGCUGGCCUUGAUGGGGAUUAUUUGAGGAGAAGCUUUGGAUCUGUGCUUGAUGUGAUACCCCUUGCUGAUACGGUAACAAAGCUGACUGCAAGGUGUAAACUUUGUGGCAAGCGAGCCUUCUUUACCUUGAGGAAGACAGCAGAGACCCAGACAGAGUUGAUUGGUGGAUCUGAUGUCUAUAUGCCUGUUUGCCGCCAGCACUAUCUCAGUGGACAAGCAGUCAUACAAUCAACAAGGACUGUCCUUGAAUCCUGUAAGGUUCAAACUGACUCCCAUACUGAGGUAGCUGCAGUUGUGUAA